AUGCGCAUCGAGAGACCGCCCUGGCAAAGGGAUUUCUCUCCUUUACUCUAUUCUACUCACCUCCACACCACAAACUCCACCAAAACACAUAUCCCUAUGGGAACAGGCCACAGGAAGUACAUUAACAGACCCCCAAUGGGAAAAAAUACAUAUCCUUGCACACCAGGGCACCGUCAGCACCAAGAUACAGGAACUCAACUAUAAGCUGUUGGUGAACUGGUACCAGACCCCAGCGAAAUUACACCGCAUGAUACCCGAACACCCAGACACAUGUUGGAGAUGCAGCAGAGAACCCGGACCAGAUCUACAUAUCUGGUGGACAUGCGCAAAAAUAGAACCGUUCUGGAAAAUGAUACCACUAAAAUCACUGAAAUAGCUGAUCCAGAUUUACCUUUCAACCACUCCAGAAGUGGCUACACCACACAUCUCUCUCCCUGUCUAGAUACAAACGGUCUCUUACUAAGCACCUGCUGAAUGCUGCGAAAUCACUCAUACCACCCAACUGGCGAACGACCAACGUCCCGACCGACGAAAAAUGGAUGAACAGCGUAGAACACCUGUAUAGCAUGGAAUCGCUCACAGCAUCCCUACAGGGCAACUCGGAGAAGUGCGCUCUGACGUGGUACCCAUGGUGCACAUACAGAGGACCCCCAGAAGAGACACAGAGCCGGAAAACUGUACCGGAGAUGCACAGACAGACACCCGCCCACAUAGGCAAGAGCAAGACGGAUCAGCAAGACGGAACUCCAAAUACAGAGCGAACAGCACUGAGCCCUCAGCAGAACCUGAAGAACAUGAAGGAACGGUCCAACCCUAGCACUACAGAGGCGACCCUUCCUACCCCCCCUUUUUUCUUUUUCUCUUUUUGUAUACCCCCUCCCCUAAUCCUACCACAUUUCCAGCUGCUACCCUCUCCCCCACAACUAGGCGGACAAAAGUAG